AUGGACGCCGAGCGCGCAGCAGGCCGGGUCCGGGGCCCGUUGCACGGGAUACCGUUUACGGUGAAAGAUAACAUCGCCACGAGAGACAAUCUCGAGACAACAGCAGGAAGCUGGGCUUUACUAGGCAGUAUCGUGCCACGGGAUGCGUUCGUAGUGAAACAGCUACGCGACGCGGGUGCUGUGCUGUUCGGGAAGGCCGCGCUGAGCGAGUGGGCCGACAUGAGAAGUAACAGGUAUUCGGAGGGCUACUCGGCGCGCGGCGGCCAGGCCAGGAGCGCGUAUAACCUGACGCUGAAUCCAGGUGGAAGUAGUUCCGGCAGCGCGGCAGGAGUCGCUGCCAACGCGAUCGCGUUUUCUCUCGGGACGGAGACAGACGGCAGUGUUAUCAACCCGGCUGAGAGGAACGCCAUCGUGGGCAUCAAGCCUACGGUUGGUCUUACAUCACGAAGCGGUGUGGUUCCCGAGUGCGAACAUCAAGAUACGGUGGGGACAUUUGGACGGACUGUCCGGGACGCUACUUACGCCUUGGAUGCGAUAUACGGCGUCGACACACGGGACAACUACACAUUGGGCCAGGAUGGAAAUACCCCAAGUGGUGGCUAUGCACAAUUCCUUACCAACAGUUCCAGCCUCAAAGGCGCUGUGUUCGGCCUCCCGUGGAAGAGCUUCUGGAAAUAUGCUGACGCCGAGCAACAAGAAAUCCUCGUCUCCAUCUUGGACCUGAUACAGUCAGCCGGGGCCACCAUUUUGAAUGAAACCGAAAUUCUUGACUACGAGACACUGGUCAGCAAUGACGGCUGGGACUGGGAUUGGGGAACCACCAGAGGCCGUCCCAACGAGAGCGAGUACACCGUGGUUGCGGUUGAUUUCUACAACAACAUCCAAUCGUACCUUUCUGAGCUGAAAAACACGAACAUUAAAAGUCUAGAAGACAUUGUCAAAUACAACUAUGAAAACGACGGCAGCGAAGGCGGCUACCCUUAUCCUGACGCAGGGGGCAUUCCUGCCUUCGCCUCGGGACAAGACGGGUUUCUAGCCUCCUUGGCCACCGGCGGAAUCAGGAACGAAACCUACUGGCAGGCUCUGUCUUUCUGCCAAGGGAAGACAAGGGAAGGGAUCAACUGGGCGCUUCAAGGUGGCGGCCAAGACAUCCCAGAAGGAAAGGCCAAACUCGACGGGCUCCUCGUACCCCCGGACGUCGGGCAGACGUACCAGAUUGCGGCGCAGGCAGGAUACCCGAUGAUCACAGUGCCGGCAGGCACGCACUCAAGCGAUGGAAUGCCUUUCGGGCUUGCUAUCAUGCAGGCCGCCUGGGCGGAAAGUGAGCUUGUGAAAUGGGCGAGUGCUAUUGAGGAUUUGCAGCAAACAACGGGCGGGUGGCAGCAUAAGAGGGCACUACCCGAAUGGAGGUCAUAUCUUCAAAGGGACAUACCAGUCCUUUAA